CCCACCCUCACAGCCCAGAAGCCUGCUCAGCCCCGGGUCCCACGGCCCAGUCUCUCCAGUUGGAAGUGCGGGUAAAGACUAUUCCUGCAAGAAAGGAAAGUAAAGUGCUGGCAUGUCACAGCUGCCCUUCGCCACCCACACCCCAGAGCAGUUGGCCCUGCCUGUGCUUUGUCCCCUGUGAUCCAGGGAGGAGGGGGCCGGGGCCUGGGCAGGGUGGUGACAGGUGGGGCAGGGGACACCGCGUUCUGGGAGGCCUGCCGGCAGGGCUGUCUAGGCUGAGGCGUGCAAGGUUCAGAGGCUCCCAGACUGAAGGCGCCAGGACCCUGGGGGCGGGGAGAGGGGCUUGCUGGCCCCAGUGCCAAGCUGCCCACCAGCUUGGGCAGAGCCACCAGAUCUGGUUUCAGAUUGAUCCUAUUCCUUCGGAAGAUUGUUCUGCAGCUCACCAGACCCUGCCAGGGGCGAUGGGAUGGGAUGGGGGAGCAUCUUACAUCCCCUCUACCUCUCAGAUUUUAAAUGAUGCUCUUGCUGUCAGCACCUCAACAGUGGGUUUUUUUCUGAUUUUAUCCAGCAUCCUGGACUCCAUCCCUGCAAGGCCAGGCCACCGAGGGGUUGGUGACUCCUCUCAGUGCCCUUUAGCACACUCUCACUAUCACUCUGAGGGGAGUUUGUUAACAUAGGAGCUGGUCCCUUGCAGGGGUCGCCAGCCCCGUGGGACUUCCCGUGCUGGGCAGGGAGGUGGUGGUCCUGGUUCCUCUCCCCGAAUCCCUGGAUGCCCGGGGAGCCUCGGCUGAUGCGCUGGCUGGCUGUGGAGUCCUGAGCUGCUCCUGCUGCUACUCUGCGGCCUGCAAGCCGAGAUUCAGGAACAGGAGGUCAGAGCAAUGGUGGGCAGCGACGUCCAGCUCAGCUGUGUCUACCCUGAAGGAAACAGCUUCGAUUUAAAUGACCUUUAUGUCUACUGGCAAAUCCCGGACAAACCAAAUACCUACUCCGUGGUGACUUACUACCUCUCGGGGAACAACUCCGCUGGCCACAGCGACAACCACUACAAGGGCCGGGCCCAGCUGUCCCUGGACAGCAUGAAGCGGGGUGACUUCUCUCUCCACCUGCGCAACAUCACCCCCCAGGACGAACAGAAAUUUAACUGCCUGGUGUUUCGGAAAUCCUUAGAAUUAAAAAAGAUUUUGGAAGUUGUGGUCACGCUGCACGUGGCAGCAAACUACAGCAUGCCUGUGGUCAGCGGCCCGUCCCGGGAUGAGGAGUUCACCUUCACGUGCACGUCCACAAAUGGCUAUCCGAGGCCGAACGUGUACUGGAUCAACAGGACGGACAACAGCCUGCUGGACCCGGCCCUGCAGAACAGCACCGUGUCCUUGAACGAGCGGGGCCUGUAUGACGUGGUCAGCGUCCUGAGGCUCGGGCGGACGCCCAGCGUGAACGUGGGCUGCUGCAUAGAGAACGUGCUGCUGCACCAGAACCUGACCGUCAGCAGCUGGACAGGAAUGUUCACUGGAACCAAAGACAGCUUCACGGAGAACCCAGCUGAUGGCACCCGCGAGUGGGGAGGCAGGGCGGUUCCCAGCGUCCUGGCCGUGCUGGCCGUGGUCGUGGCUGUGGCCACUGGCUGGCUGUGCAGGAGCAGGUGCCCCAGCCGGAGCUACACAGGUGCCCAGCCUUUGAGGCCAGAGCUGGAAGUCACCGAGCAGGUGUGAGUUCACGCUCGGGAAG